AUGUCCGACAAAGACAUUCAUCCAAAUAAAUUCAGCGAACUUCGAAGUAUCUACAAAUACUACAUUGAUUCAUAUAAUGCGUUAUAUCAGCUGAAAACUGAAAAUGAAGAAGAUUUAAACUCAAUUUACAAACUUAUCAAAACAGAAUUGAUUGAUUCAAAUAAACAUCCUCCACAAAUAAUUAUUCGAGACAUUUUACGUAUCAUUCCGUAUAAUAAUCGCUAUACAAAGUCAUAUUUAUCUCUUGCCAAACACAUAUCUGAUGAUUACCAUGUCACAGAUGUCAGAAAAGUUGAAUCUGUUUCAAACUUCCUGUUUUACAAAGAAUAUGGAAUUAAAUUAGACAAAUCCAAUGAUUUUGAAAAAAUUAACUCAAGAAAUCUGGAUAUUCAUUCAGAAGAUACAGUUUACAGAGCAAUUAUGUAUAAUAACUUAGAAAGAUUCAUCCAAUUCACUGAAAGAGAUGAAUUUGAUAAAGAUCAAACACUUGAAAGCAGAUUAUAUCCAAUUGAUUUUUAUCCUAGAAGAUAUUCAUUACUUGAAUUAUGUUGUUAUCAUGGAGCAGUUGAUUGUUUCAAGUUAUUAAGAACGAAAUUUCAAUCAGAAAUAACUGAAACAUGUCUUAAAUUUUCAUUUUUAGGAGGAAAUCCAGAAAUCAUGAGCGAAUGUUUGAAACAUCAACACCCGAAUGAAGGAUGCAUGAAAUAUGCAAUUAUUUCACACAACAUAGAUUUUGUUACAUUCUUGAUGAAUGAAUACCAUUUAAAGAUAGUUUUAGAUUAUUGUGCACAGUAUAAUAAUAUUGAAUCAUUUUUAGUUUAUUUCGAUCAAACUAAUAAUGUUUACAAAUGCUUUAUUAAUUCGGUGAUAUUUAAUAUUCCAUCUCUUUGUGAAUAUUUUCUAUCAAAUGGUAUAAAUAUCAAUGAAAAAUAUGAAUAUGGACAAACUGCUCUUCAUUAUGCAGUAAGAUCUAAUAGUAAAGAAACCGCCAAACUUCUUAUUUCUCAUGGAGCAAAUAUCGAAGAAAAAGAUAUAUCCGGAGAAACCGCUCUUCAUAUUGCAGCAACUCAUAAUAGUAAAGAAACUGCCGAACUUCUUAUUUCACAUAGUGCAAAUAUCAAUGAAAAAGAUAAUUUUGGAAAAACUGCUCUUCAUUAUGCAGUAAGAUCUAAUAGUAAAGAAACCGCCAAACUUCUUAUUUCUCAUGGAGCAAAUAUCGAAGAAAAAGAUAUAUCCGGAGAAACCGCUCUUCAUAUUGCAGCAACUCAUAAUAGUAAAGAAACUGCCGAACUUCUUAUUUCACAUAGUGCAAAUAUCAAUGAAAAAUAUGAAUAUGGACAAACUGCUCUUCAUUAUGCAGUAAGAUCUAAUAGUAAAGAAACCGCCAAACUUCUUAUUUCUCAUGGAGCAAAUAUCGAAGAAAAAGAUAUAUCCGGAGAAACCGCUCUUCAUAUUGCAGCAACUCAUAAUAGUAAAGAAACUGCCGAACUUCUUAUUUCACAUAGUGCAAAUAUCAAUGAAAAAGAUAAUUUUGGAAAAACUGCUCUUCAUUAUGCAGUAAGAUCUAAUAGUAAAGAAACCGCCAAACUUCUUAUUUCUCAUGGAGCAAAUAUCGAAGAAAAAGAUAUAUCCGGAGAAACCGCUCUUCAUAUUGCAGCAACUCAUAAUAGUAAAGAAACUGCCGAACUUCUUAUUUCACAUAGUGCAAAUAUCAAUGAAAAAGAUAAUUUUGGAAAAACUGCUCUUCAUUAUGCAGUAAGAUCUAAUAGUAAAGAAACCGCCAAACUUCUUAUUUCUCAUGGAGCAAAUAUCGAAGAAAAAGAUAUAUCCGGAGAAACCGCUCUUCAUAUUGCAGCAACUCAUAAUAGUAAAGAAACUGCCGAACUUCUUAUUUCGCAUGGUAUAAAUAUCAAUGAAAAAGAUAAUUUUGGACAAACCGCUCUUUAUUAUGCAGCAAAAAAUUAUUGCAAAGAAGCCGCCGAACUUCUUAUUUCACAUGGUAUAAAUAUCAAUGAAAAAGAUAAUUAUGGUCAAACCGCUCUUCAUAUUGCAGCAUAUGAAAAUAGUAAAGAAAUAGCUGAACUUCUUAUUUCACAUGGUGCAAAUAUCAAUGAAAAAAAUAAAUGGGGAGAUACCGCUCUUCAUAUUGCACGAUUAAGUAAUUGUAAUGAAACAGUCGAACUUCUUAUUUCACAUGGUGCAAAAGCAUAA